CAGCAGCAGCAGCAGCAGCAGCCACCGCCACAGCGGCCAAGUGAAGAUUUUGUGAACAUGCACGAGGGGAGGACGUUACCUUUCUCAGCGCUGACUUCCCCAGAUGCUUUGGCCAAAAGAAAGAUGGAAGGAAAUCGGAAGAGCUUGAGCCAAGGCUGCAGCACGGAGCCCAUUCAGUGAGCCAGCAGAAGAUCCCUCCGUACGCCACGUCGCCGUAGCCCCUCUCCUUCACUUUUUUGACCCCCCCCCCCCUGGAGCAUCGAGCGCCAUGACCUCUGAGCUGGAGAGCAGCCUAACCUCCAUGGACUGGCUUCCUCAGCUCGGCAUGAGGGCAGCCAUCCAGAAGGCAGAUGUGGGACACCACCACGGUCACCUCGGGCAUCACCACCACCUCCACAUGCACCAUCACGGGCACGGACCGGGGAAGAAGAUGGUGCAUCUGGAUCCGGGAACUACGCUGGACCAGGAAGAAGCUGCACAGCACCGAGACGGCAAACCCCCCUACAGCUACGCCAGCCUCAUCACCUUUGCCAUCAACGGCUCCCCGCGGAAACGGAUGACGCUCAGCGAGAUCUACCAGUGGAUCUGCGACAAUUUUCCUUACUACAGAGAGGCGGGCAGUGGAUGGAAGAACUCUAUCCGACACAACUUGUCAUUGAACAAGUGUUUUCUCAAAGUGCCUCGCUCCAAAGAUGAUCCUGGGAAAGGUUCCUACUGGGCGAUAGACACCAACCCUAAAGAGGACUCAGUGCCCAGCAGGCCGAAGAAGAGGCCGCGUUCAGGAGAACGGGCAUCAACUCCUUACAGUCUGGAGUCAGAGUCCCUGAGAAUGGACUGCAUCAUGUCAGGAGGCGCAUCCCCAACUCUGGCCAUCAGUGCAGGAAAUAACAAGGUAGCGCUGUACAACCCUGAAGCAGAAGGCGGUGAGAGUCCUGGGAGUCUGGGUGGCAGCCUGAGCAACAGUCUUUCAGAGCAGAGUUUGGCGUCUGUCAGCCUUAACAGCGUGAACCCUGCUGUCAGCAGCGGCAGCAACGUGCACAGCUACACACCAGUGAGCAGUCACUCGGAGCCUUCCUCCCAGUCCCUGAGCCUUCAGCAGUCGGGCCAGCCUCCACCUCCACCCCCUCCUCCCCCACAGCCCCAGUACGGUUUACCUGUCCCCGAAUCGCUGGACAAGCAGCUCUGUUUCUCAGAUUUCGAGGACCUGAGCGCUUCUUUCCGCAGUCUAUACAAGUGUGUCUUUGAGCAGUCGUUUUCACAACAAGGUCUGAUGAGCAUGCCAAACGACUCCAGCCAGCAGACCCGGACAGCCUGCUCUUACCAACACUCUCCCAGUGCAGGAGGCAGCGUUGGUCACCACCACCAACACAACCACGGCCAUACGUCGCACCACGCCCACCACCCUCACCUGUCCCCUCACCGGCACCAGGUGCACGGGCCGCACGGCCAGCACCAGCAGCACCCCUCUCUCUCGCACCAGAGCCAUGCCGUUCAGGCUCCAGGCAUGUCAUCCGACUGGUACCCAAACCUGGACUGGCUGAAAGAGAGCUGCCGCAUCGCAACCAGCUAUAACUGGGCUGAUGUGGAUCUCUCCCCAUUUCAAGGUCUGAAGGAGAGCAUGAGGCAGGCUGAGCUCAACAACUGGACCCUCGAUGCCACGCAGAUGGCUGACCUUUGCUCCUCAGUCAACCAGUUCUUCGCAGCCACCGGGGUCAUCCCCCCUCAGAGCGCAACCCACCCACAACCUCAGGUCCAACACCCAGCAGCACCAUCAGCCACACAGCACCCUCCCCCCAUGCACCCAAAGCCCAGUCACCACAAUCAGCACGGCCAACACAACCAACACAUCGGAACAGGGAACAUGUACAUGGACUCGAGACAGAACAUUUCUUCUCUGAUGGGCCCACCAGGGUACCCUCACAUGCCUCCGAUGAGCAACACGACUCCCAGCAUGACAGGUCAUCACAGGCAACUGAGCCAGCAGCAGCAGCACGCUCUGCCGCCGGGACACUUUCAGGUGAGACGCAUGCUCGCCGCCGACGACAUCCAGGACGACUUCGACUGGGACUCCAUUGUCUAAACCGAAGUGUGAGUCAAAGUAAGAGAGACGAGACCGAGCGGAACAAUACUGAUGCGAGUCUUGUAGCGGACAACCUCCUCUGUUCACCGAAGAGAAGAAACGGACGACAAUCCAAAAGAGAGAGAGAGAGAGAGA